UCCGCGCGCCACGCCCCCCUGCUCGCCGGCCGCGUGCGGAGCCGCGCGCCCCGGAGGUUCCCGGACCGUGGCGGCGGGCGGCGGCGGCACAGCAGCCCUGCGCGGGCCAUGUCUUCUCCGGCCGUGGCGAGGGCAUCCCAGGGCGGGAAUCGAGAGGCGGCCGGUGGACCGCGGAGCCGGAACGGGCCGUGGGAAGUGGGCGGCGGCGAGCGGUUGGAGCGCGCGGGCGCAGAGCCGGGGCGCUGGGAGCUUCUGCUCCGCCGCGGCGAGCUGCUGGCACUGGGCGGCCACCUGAAGGGAGCGCUGGAGGCGUUCGCGGCUGCGCUGCGCCGCGGGGCCCCGGCCAGGCCCGAUCGCCUCGGUUCGCUAGUGGACUGCCUGGUGUUCAGCUACCGGCUCCGCCACGGACUGCGCUGGAGCGCCGCACCCGCGGCGGGCGCGGCCGGGCUCCUCAGCUGCCUGGGCUGCCGGGGCUUCCUAAGUGAGCCGGUGACCGUGCCGUGCGGCCACAGCUACUGCCGCCGUUGCCUACGGAGGGAACUGCGCGCCCGCUGCCGCCUGUGCCGGGACCGUCUGCCACCCGCCGCCGCCGCCUCCGAGGGGACCCCGCGGCCGCCGCCCCUGGCCGCCGCCAUCGCCGACUUCAGAACCAGCGUCGUGCUCAACCACCUGGCGGAGAAGUGGUUCCCGGGCCAGCGCGAGCGCGCGCGGGCGGCCGGCCGCCUCGGGGAGCUGCUACACGAAGGACGCUACCGGGAGGCCCUGGCAGCCGCCUGCGACGCCCUGCGAGCAGAGCCCAGCGACCUGACUCUGAAAAUCUACAGAGCGGAGUCCUACGCCGGCCUGCAGGAGUUCAAAGCAGCCCUGGAGGAUCUAAACGCAGUUCUCUUUCAGCUUCCCAACUGGCCCGAGGUCUACUUCAGGAAGGGGAAAGUACUCCAGGACGCCGGCUUCCUAGGCGACGCCUUACAGCUCUUCCUCCAGUGCUUAGCCCUUGAUGAAGACUUCGCCCCUGCAAAGCUACAAGUGGAAAAGAUUCUGUGUGACUUACUGUCCCCUGAAAACGUAAAGGAAGGCCUGAAGGAGUCUUCCUGGAGUUCGUUGUCGUGUAUCAAGAACAAACCCCUUGGUUUUCCAUCGUUGGUAAUGGAACAGCCGCACUCCCCUGCUGAGCUCAGCCUGAAGCAGACUGAAGGACAAGCGGAGGACUCCCCGGAGCCUGUCAAAGGAAGCUUAAACCGGGCACAGUCAGCGCAAGCCAUCAGUGCCGCGACGGUGCCUGCCAGGGAGGACGGAUUAAAGCGAGUGUGCUCAGAGCCUUUACUGUCCGCUCAGGGAAAAGGUGCUCUGCUGAAACGAAAGCUGUCUCUCUUAGAACAGGAUGUGAUUAUUAAUGAAGACGAGGGAAGGAAUAAGCUCAAAAAGCAAGGUGAAUCUCCCGGUGAAGACUGUAUGUUCUCAAUAGCUUACAGCGACAUCCCAGAAGAACUAAUAGAUGUCUCGGACUUUGAGUGUUCUCUCUGUAUGAGGUUGUUUUUUGAGCCAGUAACAACCCCUUGUGGACACUCAUUCUGUAAGAAUUGUCUCGAGCGGUGUUUAGAUCAUGCGCCUUAUUGUCCUCUCUGCAAAGAAAGCUUAAAGGAGUAUCUAGCAGACAGGAGAUACUGCGUCACCCAGCUGUUAGAGGAGUUAAUAGUGAAGUAUCUGCCGGAGGAGCUGUCGGAGAGGAAGAAACUCUAUGAUGAGGAAACGGCUGAGCUCUCACACUUGACCAAGAAUGUCCCAAUAUUCGUUUGCACUAUGGCCUACCCCACUGUGCCUUGCCCUCUCCAUGUGUUCGAGCCCAGAUACAGGCUCAUGAUCCGGAGAAGUAUCCAGACCGGAACCAAGCAGUUUGGGAUGUGUGUUAGUGAUACGCAGAACAGUUUUGCAGAUUAUGGUUGUAUGUUACAAAUUCGAAAUGUACACUUCUUACCUGAUGGAAGGUCUGUUGUUGACACGGUUGGAGGAAAGCGGUUCAGAGUUUUAAAAAGAGGAAUGAAAGAUGGAUACUGCACUGCAGACAUUGAGUAUCUGGAAGACGUUAAGAUUGAGAAUGGAGAUGAAAUAAGGAGUCUGAGAGAGCUUCAUGACCUGGUGUACUCGCAAGCCUGCAGCUGGUUUCAGAAUUUAAGAGACAGAUUUCGAAGCCAAAUCCUUCAACACUUCGGAUCAAUGCCUGAGAGAGAAGAGAACCUCCAGGCAACACCCAAUGGACCUGCAUGGUGUUGGUGGCUGCUGGCUGUCCUUCCUGUAGACCCGCGGUAUCAGCUCUCCGUACUGUCCAUGAAGUCUUUGGAGGAACGGUUGACAAAGAUACAGCAUAUUCUGACUUACUUUUCUAGAGACCAGUCUAAGUAACGACUGCUUGGCUCUCCCUCAGCUCGCUCUCAGCCCAGAGGCUAAGAUGCGGCUGGACCUUACUUUAACGUCGCCCUGAUCCGGCUCCGUUGACAGCCGGAUUGCCCGCUGCCUUUUGCACACCCAGUGCUGGUUUAAGACAUUAAGGAAACUUUUCUUUUCUUCGACCUCCUGAAUCUCGUGGAUCUUCAGAUGAAUACCUUCAACUAGGUCCUAGACCACUAAGAACUUGCACAGAAAACACGCACUGAAUGUGUGUUAAACCUCGACAUUGUGAUGAAGUUGCACUAUGUAUGUACCGUACUCUGAAUGAACAAAGAACUCCGUGGAUGUAUGACUUUUGCGUGUGUGUGCGCGUGCGUGCGUGCGUGCGUGUACAUGUGUGUGUGUGCCUGUGUGUGCGAGUGUAUUGUGUGAGUGUGUACGUGUGUGUGCUUUUUCUCUGGCUUUAAAUUUUAAAAGACAAAAAAAAAAAAAAGCCAUAGAGAGCGAACUUGCUGAAGGUCCUCUUUUGCCCAAGUUUACAACAGUAGUCACAGGAGUUUUUGCAGAUUGAAUUUGCCUCAGAUUUAUUUGUCCUGAUGCUUCUAUUUGCACAAGUAUGUAAACUAUGGUAUAGAGUAUCAUUUUUUUGUUGGAAAUCCUGCUCUUGCUGAACUGUCUUGGCCAUCGACUAUGACACAGUUAAUUAUUUAUGUAAAUACGAGCAUCCCGGUGGCCAGCAGGCAGGGGUGCAGAAUCUAGAGCCAGUCUCCAGGAACAACUGCGAACCUGACAUGGUACUGUGCAUCCACUCAUAAAACACUUAAAACUGUGAAAAUAUGGUUUACAUUAAAAUGUACAUAAAGGUAGAGGGAGAACUCGAUUCAGCCAGUUAGCUUGUACAUUUUAGGGGGCUUUUCACAUUAACUGCCCGUCUAUGUCAUUUAGAAUUUGACACGAUAACUUGUAUUUAAGGAAUUCUGUAGUGUAUAAAUCAGUUGAGGAUCUGGGGGAGGAGGAGGAAAAGCUUAAUGUAGGACUCAGCUUGUAAGGUUUGUUUUGUUUUGACUCUGGUCUUGGUGCAAAUGUUAGUUAUGCCUUAUUCAUACCACAGUUAGAGCACCGUGCUAUGACACGGGUAUUUCCACGCGGCCCGGCCCUUUUAUAAUUAUUUGUUGCAGAUUUGUGACUGUCUCUAUUAACUUUCUUUUAUGUAAGUAAUUUGUACAAGUUUCUUAAGAUAUUUGCUUUUGCUUAUUUAAUUUUGAAUAAAAGCUAAAUUCAUAA